AUGCUCUGGAAACUGACUCUGGCCGUGGUGGUGGUGUGUGUCGGCGGUAUAUGCAGCAGCGUAAGGGCAGACAUCAUGAGCAAACUGAUCAUGCCGAGGGACUACGGCGUCAAACUGUGUGGGAGAGAGUUCAUCAGAGCCGUCAUUUUCACCUGUGGAGGCUCCCGGUGGAGAAGGUCUACAGACGCCGACUUAGACCUCUUCCAGUCGAGUUCCUUCAGUGAUGUUCCAGCUGAGGAUACCCAGCAGACCUUUCAACACAGCGCAGAGCUCUCAGACAGCCGUUACCCUCUCCGUAUCCCCUCGUCGUCCUCCCUGUCAGACCUGUUGGCCAUUUACGGGGCCUACGGAGACCUGCAGCAGGUUCUGAGCGAGCCGGUGUCCCUGGACAACACCCAGCAGUCACCGGCCCAAGACAACCGGCCCGUACCCAGCAAGAAGAAACGGAACUUUUCACUGGGUGUGGCGGGGAUGUGCUGCAGCCAGGGAUGCACCAAACAUGACAUCGGACGAUUGUGUUGAGGAGGAGGAGAAAAUGAACGUCUGGUGGCAGACAGUGACAUACUGUAAAGGUGAUGUGAUGGGCAGGAAAACUGUAGGACGGAGGAGAGUUCACAUCUGUAUAGUCAUGUAUAGUCACAACAAUCUGAAAUAACCCAUCACAUCACUCCAUCUUUAUGUCUUUUUGUGAUUUUCUUUAUUCCCACUAGAGAAUUCUGUAUGUUUAAAGCUUUCUUGGAAAUAAAUUUUAAAUAACCUGAAAUGUUGAGCAUUGGUGCAAAAUGUAUAAAAACAAUCAAGUUUCUUUCUACAAACACUUGUUUAUUUAGGACAUUUUAGGACCAAUAAAGUGCAUCCAUA